CUAAAAACUAAUUUAUAAUUUUAAUUAUUACACUGACGUAUACAAAUUUGACCUUAAAAUUAACCGUGUAUAGAUAGUAAAGGUCAUAAUUUUGAUAUGUAAGUAAGUGAAUAUACUCUGUGAUUUCUGUGAAUAUAAUAAAUGUGCAUGAAACACCUUCACUUUACAAUUAAUUACUUGCCAUUAAUUUAAAUUUAUUUUUUGAAAUGUGUGAAUGUAACUCAUGUAGAACAAUGGAUAUAAAAACUCCAAGGAAUGUCUAUUUAACGGCGUUUUACAAAAGGAGCUUUGCAUUUUACACUGUGAAGAAUCGGAUGCCAAUUAUUCUCACAUCCCUUAUCGAUAACUUGGUAAGAAGCAAAAAUAUAAUUGUCGAUCAAUACGGAAAAGAAGCUCAAGAAGAACUCAAAACCGUAAUAGGAGAACUAUCCGAGUUUAAGUACGAGAUUCAAACAAAUAAACCUCUGAAACUUUUAACCAGUGAAGAGCCAGAUGCCAAGAUAUAUAAUGAGUAUAUAACGACAUUAACUGAACAAGACGGUCAACCUACACAUUUCCAUACUAUUUGGUUAUUGACGGAAUGCUAUAUGUAUAGGAGAUUGAGACAAAUUUUUGAACAAACGAGUUUAUUAAAUACUUACGACCCAUUUUGCGGUCAAAAAGAAAAUGCUUACAGAACAGCUUUACCCUUAAUCCGACAGAUGGGAGAGUACAUUUUAAACAUUGUAGAAAACUCAUUGGAUGCAAAUAUGGAGGAAUUCAUUUCUUUGUUAAAAUUAAAUUUGUGGGGUAACAAAUGUGAUCUAUCGUUAUCAUUAGGACAAGUAGAAGAUCAUAAAAUGCUUUUCAAUACAACUGCCUUGGAUCCUUUCAUACUGUGUGACCACUCGAGAAAGAUUUGGGAAGCAGUUUCCGAUACCAGUUUCUCAUAUACCAUAAUAGAUAUUGUCCUCGAUAAUAGCGGCUAUGAAGUAUUCACAGACUUGUGUCUAGCGGACUAUAUAAUUUCGAAAAGCUUAGCUUCCAAGGUCCGGAUUUACGUGAAAACUAUACCCUGGUUCAUAUCCGACGUGACAACACCCGAUUUCAAGUGGACUCUAGAACAGUUAAAAGACAACGGAAAUCAAUCGCUGAAAUCGUUAGGCGAACGAUGGUCGGAUUACGUGGAAAGAGGCACCUGGCAAAUAAUGGAAAGUCAUUUUUGGACUUUGCCCUUCGAAUUUACUUACAUGGCAAAAGUAGAUCCGAUUUUAUACAGACAGUUAGCCGAAGCUAAGGUGGCUUUCUUCAAAGGCGACUUGAACUACCGGAAGUUAUUCGGGGAGCGUAACUGGGACCCUGCUACAUCCAUCGACGACGGUUUGCAGGGUUUCAACCCGACGAAACUCUGCAUUUUACGAACGGUUAAAGCGGAUAUCGUUUGUGGGCUGGAAGAGGGGGUGGCGGAAAAAAUAGAGGCCCAGGAUCCCAAAUGGAUGGAAACGGGCAACUGGGGGCUGAUACAGUUCACAGAUAAAAUUGUCCAGAUCGAUGAUAAUGUGAAUUGUUAAAUAAAUUGGCAUUUGGCUAA